AUGGACAUAAAAUCGUGUGAUACAUUUCGUGAAAUUGAUAACCUUUUUAUCGACUAUGAGAACAAUGAGGACAAAUUUAACACUUCCUAUGGACCAUAUAAUAAUUAUUGCCCUGUAAAAAAUGGGGGUAGAAAAUGUGAAACUAAUUAUGAAAAACUGAGUGCUAUUACUAGACAUGCAUAUAAGGAAUUAAUGGAAAAUAAUCAGGUGGAUCUAGAAAGUGAAAAUGAGCUAAGUGCUGAUUUUUUGAUCAUGGGAUUGUCUAAUAGAUUAUAUAAAAUAUCAAAAGAUCAUACUUUAUCUCUAAAAAAUGCAUUUGGCAAAUAUUUAGGUAAUUCUAUAGGAAAUUUUAAUUAUUUGAGCAUCUUAUAUAAUAAAAAGUAUUAUAUGGGUUAUAACAUUGGUGUUAUGAAUGGAUUUUACCUUUUAUUUAAGGAAAUUUGUAAAACAAUUAGUAUAUCUGAAAAUCCUAAUGCACAACAAUACGAAUACAUACAUAAUGCUACCCAAUGCUAUCUUAUGUAUGACGAACUUUAUAAUUUUGUUAAUCAGUGUGAUCCAUAUCAUCAUUUAUUGGUUCAUUUAAAAACAAUAUAUAAUGAUUUGAUAGAUGCUGUUAUUAAACUCAAUAACAAUGACGAAUCCUUACGUAGUAAUCUUAAAAAAUUUUCAUCGAUAGAUAAAACCAACUUUGAAUAUGAAUUCAGUAGUGCAGAAUGCAAAAAACUGAAUAAAAAGUUAGCUAAAACAACUCCCAAAAUUAUAAAAUUAGGAAUUCAAAUGUUAAAGGAUGAUGAAAAAAGAAAGAACGGUGAAGGAUCUCAAAGUACAGGAGAUGAAGAUGAAGAUGAAGAUGAUGACGAUUUAGAUUUAGAUGAAGAAGACGAUGAUUUAUAUUUAGAUUUAGAUGAUGAUGAUGCUGAAGAUAGUGAUGACUUUGAAAAUACCCCACAAGGAACAGCAUCAGUACCUGACAAUGGAGGUGAUACAACAGGAAAUAAAGAUAAAGUAGUAGAUGGUACCCAAAGCCAAGAAAAUACUAAAGGAAGUGAACAAACAGAUACAGGUGGCGACACAGGAAAUAAAGCGAAUCUCCAAAGCGAUUCAAGCAUUCAUACUCCAACUUCGGGUAAGAAUCAAGAAGGCGGAUCAAGAGAUGGAUUGGAUGAUGGGCCAAAGGCAUCAGGGGACCAGGAUGCAACAAAAUCGUCAGGAGGGUUCAAUGGAUAUUUGUCAAACCUUUGGAGAACUCGUUUAAAUCCAAUGAAUUAUAUCCCUAGUGUUCCCGAUAUAUAUGAAACUUCAAAGAAUAUUUUAGAAAAUGUCAAUAAUCAAGUCAGUAAUGCAUAUAAUAGUGCUAUGACCAUUGCAAAAGAUACUUAUGAUAGUGCUGUAACUGCUGUAAAAAAUACUUAUGACACCACUAUGACCACUGUAAAAGGUGUAUAUAGUGCAACUACUAAUUAUAUCGGUGGUACGGUUAGUAGUAUAACUAACCAAUUAAGUUUAUUGGGUUCUUUUUCUCAAUUAGGCGAUGAUAAAUCUGGAUCAGGUAGUUCAGGGAAUGAUUUUCCCACAGGAAAUACCCCAUUAAGCACAACACAAAUUCCAAAGUCGGAUUCAAAUCCACCAUCAGUAAAUACACCAUCUAUAUCCUCAUUUCCACCAGAUACACCGACAAACACACAAACGAUAAUUCCACAACCGCAGUCUGUUCCAACACAAAAUUCAUCACAAAUUACAGAUCAAAAUAGUGCAUUUAACCAAGUACAAAUUCAUGAUACAAAUCCUGGAACAGGAAUACCUAAAACACUAACAAAUUCUAGUACAGACCCAUCAACCCAAGGGAAUGGAGUAAAAACUGGAACUGUUGUUAAAACGAACGAAACGCCAUCAAUAUGGUGUAUAGGACCGAAUAAAAAAUAUGACACAAUGAGUAUUAUUAUUAUAUUUAUUUCAACAUUCAUUAUUUUAGCAAUUAUGUAUAAGUAUAUAUCAUUUGGAUCGGCAAAAAAUUCAAAGAAAAAAAAAAGCAUGAAAAGAGUUAUAAAAUAUGGUGAUGGAACCAGAAAGACACAAAUAAUUAUAAAAUCAUAUGAUAGGAACAAAGACCUAAAACCUAUUAUAAAUUCAGUUGAUAGAAAAAAAUAUCCAUUAUUAAAUAUAUACAAACUUAUGCAGGCUGAUCCUAUACCAUUUAUUAAUUUGUUUUUUUUGUUAAUCUUUUUUGUUUAUAAAAGAAAAUUAAAUUAUUUAGAAUUAUAA